AAUAUUCUCUGAAAACCAAAACCAAUUUUAUAAAACAAAAUUUUGUUGCUGUAAAAGCUACCUUUGAACCUUAUUUCCUAUAUUCCUCAAUUUAGUAAAAUUUUUUGGCUAAAGUAUAAACAGGCAUUUUAAAACAAAUUUAAAUUUUAAACAAAAUGGCCGAGAAGCGUAAACUCCUUCAGCGGUACAUGCAGUGCCUGAACGAGAUGCAGGACGAGCUCAAGCGUAAGGAACUGGCCAAGAAAAUGGAAACGCUCGAGAAGCUUAAGUGCGAACUGGCCCGUCGCCAGGAACAGAGUGGCACCCAGUGCGCCUGCCAGAUGAAAAAGGAAGAGCGACGCCAGUGCCUCAAGAAUGCACUCAUUUCCCAUCAAAGGACCCUGGCUGGAUUGCUACGCGAAUUAGCUCGGCGGGAGGCCUUUGCCAAUGGAGAACGGGGUCGAGUUAGCGAGUCCGAGAACCUUCCCCAUCCGCUGAAGCUGGACGAGUUUACGGUGGCCUUUCGCUAUGUGGGUGAAGAUGGUCGCGAACUAUUAAUGGCUGCCCUUGCGGCCCGGAGGUGUGCCUAUGUUCCAUACAGCAACUUCAAGGUGGGAGCCGCGUUUCGGGCCAAGUGCGGCCAAAUCUACACGGGCUGUAACAUCGAGAACGUGGCCUUUACUCCUGGAAACUGUGCGGAGCGGUGUGCGUUGGCCAAGGGAGUAAGCGAGGGCGAGAAGAGGUACACGGCUGGUGCCGUGGUGGCCUACCAUCCGGAUGGUUUCACAACGCCCUGCGGCGUAUGCCGACAAUUUAUCCGGGAAUUCGCAUCGAAGGACUUUCCCAUUUACAUUGCCAAGGCUCCGCCACCAGAACAGGAGGGCUGCAUACCAGCAAUCGAUGAGGACGAAGAGGUGCUCGUGACAUCUGCCUACAAUCUCCUGCCCCACAGCUUCAGUUCAUACGAAUAAGGAAUAUCCUUUGAAAAAUUUGCAAUGAAAUCCUACAUCAAUCCAGCUAACCUAAAAUUAUUUUUUAUA